AUGCUCGCAAUUCUAGCAGCCCAGAUUUCUGUCCAGGAAAGAGUAUUGGUUGGUGGAAAUGGUGAAAAUAUUUGUUUUAUUGCUAAUAAAUGUUUCAAAGCACAAGAGAAUAUAGAAAAAUUGAUUACAUCUGGAGGUGAGGGUGAUAAAGGUGGAAAUGGAGGACAUGGAGAGCGCGAAGCAGAUAUACCAAGUGGAGAUGGUGGAAAUGGAGUUGAUGCAGGUUUAGGCGGAUUUGGUGGACAUGCUGGUGAGGUUCAUAUAGAAGAAAAUAGAAAGAUUAUUCAUGAUAAUCAUCAACGUGUUGACAACAUCGAAUCAAUUGAUAAAUCGAAUAGAAGUGCAGAACAUGGAAAACCUGAUGAAGGUGGAAAAGGUGGUGUAGGAGGAUAUGAUGGUGUUGAUACUCUCUAUUAUAAAUGUCAUAAGUUUGCUCCAAUAGAGACUUGUGAAGGAUAUACUCUAACGGUAUUUCAUACAGCGCAUUGGUUUUCAGUUGAUAUCGAAGUGAUUUACCACGACAAACCUAGACAAGAGAUGGAAUAA